GUGAAGACAGUCUCAGUAAUCAUAGGACUGGGAGACUGAGAAAACUGGGAGAAGUGCCUGUAGACCGGAGGAAAGUCAAUGUUUUUUCUGUUUUCAAAAGGGCAGGAAGAAAUUAUCAGGGAACUACAGCCUGACCAGCUUUACCUUGAUCCCCCCAGAGGGAUGGAAGGUGAUAGACCAGCUAAUCCUGGAAACUCUUCUAAGACACAUUAAAGAAAAUGAUCAGGAGUAGUCAGCAUGGAUUUACCAAGGGGAAGCCAUUCUUGACCAACCUGAUAAUUUUCUACAAUGAAAGGACUGGCUUGUGUCGUGGUGUUUUAGUUGCAUGUUCAGCACGUUGAGCUUGAAGAAGAAAGAACAGUUCUUCAAGUCAAACAAAAGGCUCGAGUUUCUGUCUUGCUGUUGACUGGUAGUGGAUGUUAGAGUAUGAUGUUGAGAUUCAAAGGCUGCAGAAAGAUUUUUUGCGAAGAAAUGGCCUCCAGCAUUGGAAAUGAAAAGAGUGUGAAUCCUGUGCUCAGAAUAAGUCAACUUGAUGCUCUUGAACUAAACAAAGCACUGGAACAACUAGUGUGGUCCCAGUUUACCAGCUGUUUUCAUGGAUUUAAACCAGGGGUGUUGGCUCAUUUUGAACCAGAAGUAAAAGCAUUUUUAUGUCUUAUAUUAUGGAAAUUCACUAUCUAUUCCAAGAAUGCAACUGUGGGACAGGCUAUUCUCAAUAUUCAGUACAAGAAUAACUUAGCUCAGACAGAGAAAUACCAACCUCUGAGCAAACACCAGAAGUUGUGGUAUCUUAUUUUCACUGUUGGUGGAAGAUGGUUGGAAGAAAGAUGUUAUGAUUUAUUUAGCAAUCGUCAACAGCAGUCUUUCGGCAGAAUUAAGAGCUGUAUUAGUUUUGGCUCUGGACUUAUUAAGCUUUGUGGACUUUUAAAUUUUCUGAUUUUUCUUCAGAAAGGAACAUUCGCAACACUUACAGAACGUAUUCUAGGAAUUAGGUCAGUUUUUUGCAAGCCACAAAGUGUUCGUCAGGUAGGAUUUGAAUACAUGAACAGGGAGCUCUUAUGGCAUGGCUUUGCUGAGUUUUUGAUAUAUCUGCUACCACUCGUUAAUGUACAGAAACUGAAACUUAAAAUUUCUUCUUGGUGCUUGCCUAUCACAGGUCUUUCCAAUAGUGAAAACACAUUAGCGGCUCACUGCAGGGAAUGUUCACUAUGUGGGGAAUGGCCUACCAUGCCACAUACCAUAGGCUGUCCACAUGUCUUUUGUUACUACUGUAUUAAAAGUAAUUUUUUAUUUGAUAUGUAUUUUACAUGUCCUAAAUGUGGCUCUGAGGUACACAGUCUUCAGCCACUGAAGUAUAAAAUUGAAAUGGCAGAAUUGCACAUCUGAUAUGAGGUUGAUUUAGUUUUAUGCUGUACAUGAUAUGUAUUGAAGAGAUUAAUGGAAGAAUUCAGAAAUUGUUGAAAGCAGACUGCUUAAAGAUGGUUUUGGAGACUCUGUAAUUUAUUGCAACAUGUAUUUUUACUGGUCUGAGGUUUUUAUUGAGUAACAGUGCUGUAAUGCCUUACCCUGCUUGCCAGGUAUGGGGAAGGUAGUUGGAUUUACUCUGGGUGGUGCAUGGGAGAAACAACAACAAUCUCAGGAGGUUCAAUAAGAACUUUUACUUGCAAAGUUUAGAAUAUUGCAAUUGAAUAAUGCACUUGGCAAACUCCGACUUAGCAAUCUCUAACAUAUCCAGACCCAGUGCCAUUACCAGCUUAGCUAGUAGAUGGAUUUAUUUGGAAUGUUGUUCUUUUUGUGCCUAAAGAAUAAUUUUAAAUUUGAAUUCUUUUAGUGUAACACUAAAAGAAACAAAGGUGUAAAGAAGGUGUAAACAAAACAGUGUACCUUCUAGACCUUCAUGAGAUGACAGCUAAUUUGCCCAGGUAACCAUGUCUCUGAUUUUCAAUUAUGUAUUUAUUGCCUACCACCUCUUCCCUCAGAAGCUGAGGGAUGAAACCCAUCAUACAUUGGCAUGUGGCAGCUGUUCAGGGUAAUCUACGUUCUUCUGAGUCAGAGACACUGAAGAGAACUGUUUACUCACAAGAUGCUGUCUGUAGGAGUUACCACUCAAGUUUUUUGGUGUGGUUAAACUGAGUGCCAAAUCUUUAGAGUUCACUUCCACACAGAAAAAAAUCAAACACAGUUAUGUGCAGUUUAAUAUAUUAAAAUAGGUAAUUUCCUGUGUUUUGCUUUCACUGUUUGCUUUCUUAGUUGGUUUUGCAAUGUUUUAAUUGUUCUAACACUUUGUCCGUUUACUUUCCAACCUGGUUUUAUAAGAUUAUUUUCUUGUUAAUUGCAAUCUUUUUUUGGCAGAAAGUCUUACCCAGAAGAGUCUCAUUAACAGAAAAAUCCAUUACAUCCUCUUUUGAAUCUUAAAUUGUCAAAAACAUAUACAGUUAAAUUGAAUAAAUAGCUUUAUGGUGGCUCUGUUCUUGAUUGGCAAUCAUCAAUAGUCAGUCCCAAAAAUAGCAGGCUAACAGCUGAUUGAAUAUCUUUGAUCUAGUUUUAUGAAAUGGUUUAUUACAUUCUUCAUUCCACAUUCUGAUUAGAACAAGCCACUAGCCUGUUUGUUUGAAGAUCUUAAAUUCUAUGUUUUGAUCUUUAGAGUGACACACAGUGCUUUCAUCUGAUGUAAUUAGAUAUAGGUAGCAGGUGGGCAGCCCAAAACUUCAUUAAUUCUGCUACUGUUCUGUGAGUCAACAGGGACUUCAGAGCACAUGCUUCCAGAUACUUUGCUGCAAUAUUAUUUGCUGUCAAAUGUGUAUGUUAGCAGCCUGCCAUAUUUCUAUUAUUUGCUGUUGCAAUUAGAACCAGCAGGUGUAAACCUGUUUUUAUUAGAGUAUGAAAACUGACAAGUCAUUUGGAGAGCAUCCUGAAGUUCCGUCAUGAUCCUGAAGGAAUUUUGUAUGAAUUGUCCAUCCAUGAUACUUAAUAGCUUUUCCCAAAGAAACGUAUUUGCAACCCUGACAUCAAGGUGAUCUAAUGUCUUCAGAAACAUUGUUAGCAUUUUUGGUACUUUGGUCUUUAACUAUACUUACUAAUUAAGACUUGUAUGCAUCCAAAAUCAAGUGUUUGUAGCUUACAAUCGUAGCAGACCUUUGUUUGCUGUGGGCUCUUCAUUUAUUCUGAAGUCUCAGAGCAAUAUUUUACCAAAAGAGCAUGGAUUCGCUCUGUUGGCUUCUGCUAGGUGUCAUGUCCUUCUUACGUUGGAGUUAGCUUCUUUCCUAUUUAGAAAUGUUUCAUUUUCUGAAUAUGAAAGAAUGCUAUCUUCCUUUUUCAUUCCACCUGCUUCUGUCCUGCUGUUUGAUGUGCGUAAGCUGUAUGAAUAUCCUGGGGUUUGUUUUGUCUCUUGCAGCUUCAUUCAGGUGUAAAGUUUGUACUCUGUUUUUCAUCCCUGCUACACUAUAAAUACAAAACCUGUUUCAAGCAGUUUAGUACUUGAACAGCUGUUUUCUGCUGGCUCUACUAUAUUGCACUUUACUGUUUUGUUUUUUUUCUGGAAUUAGACUUUUAAUACUUAACCUAUGCUGACUUAUUGCAUAAGUCACUUAAGCAAAGUGUUGUUUUACUUCUGUAGCGUGUUCUUGUCACUGUGUUUGGUUUGUAGCCCAUAACAUUAACAAAGUUGUGGCAUAAACAGGUUUUGUUAUCCUAAGACCCUAGAUAUUAAGGUGGGGGUUUAGGUCUUUUCCAUGCACAUAAGCAGGUACCAAGCAACUCACAGAAGUGGGUGGUUUGGGAAAAGAAUGGUUGUUUAUGUCAGAUACAGAUUUUUUUUGUCUCCCAUAUGGUAAAACCUUUGCUCAGUAGUAGUUGCAGCUGAGAUUAAUGAGACCAGGGUUCCAGCUUGAAUAUUGAAAAUCUGCUCGCUACCAGCUUAUCUUUUUAGUACUUCAAAAUCAAUAUUCAGCAUUUUCCUGAAGCACUUUAAAAUUAAAUAUGUACUUUUUUAAUAUUUAAUUCUGUUUUGUUGUGUCUUGUGAUCUAUAAGCUGCAGAAGCUGCAGUCUUAGUUGAAGAUAUUACAGGAAAAUACUGAUAAUUUUUAGAUUAAUCAAAGAAUAAUUAGUUGUACAUAUUAAUUAACUUGAUAAUUUGUCCUCAUAAGCAUUAUAUUUUUCAGGUUUAAACUCUGCUUUAACAAAGGACUGCUACAUCUGGUCCUACUUCCUGCAGUAGAGGGAAUACAAUUGUUUUGGAAUGUUAAUCUUUAAAAAAAAAAGGGGUUACUACUCAGCUACCAUUAGAAUAUAAUUGUGAGUAGUCAUAUGUGCAUCAGUAAAAAGGAUAAAUGCUUAGAAUUUAAGGGAGCUAAAGGACCAGAGUUUCUGUUCAGUCUUCGAUAAGAGUUACAGCCUUCUGUUACCAGUUUUUCUUAGUGUUCUGUUGGCUUUGUGUGCUUCAUGAACAUUUCAUUAUCAAAAAUCAAAAAAUGAAGGUGUAAACUAAUUACAUUAGACUAAUUACAUUCAUAAACAUACUAGAAAACUUUUCAUUUCUUCAUUUGAAUGAGAAUUACGAGUUGCCACAAGGCGUGAUUCAGGACGCAUUCAGAUUAAAGGAGUCAAAGAAUGCUGAUUUUUACUUCCACAUACCAUCACCAUUCCAUCUACUCUGUAUGUUUUAAGGGAAGUCUUAUAUAAAUAAUUUUAUAGAAGACUUACAAGCAGAAGUUUCUGUAAAAGAAAAGAGAUGAAAAGUAUUUUAUUUCUGCCUUACCUGGAAAUAGUUACUUUUUCUUAAGUGUGAGAUAUGAUGGACAAAGAUGAUCUCAGCAUUAGUAAAGAGACAAUGUGAAGAAAGAUGAAAGAUAAUGUAUUUGCUAAAUUUAUUAUAAUGUUGUUACUUGAGAAUAUUAAUGAAAUUGUUAUCUGGGAUGUGUCAUUCUUAUGAAAACCAAGUUGGCAAAUAAAUGAUACUUUUCUUAACAGGA